GGCAAAGACUGAUCGCAGUUAGUGUGGUAAUCACGGCUGUUAAUCACUAUGCAGGAUAUGGACUUCUCGUAAACAUCACGAUGUUAUCGCAAAACACGCGAAUCGAAAAACAAAAAUCAUCAUCUAUGGAUCGAGGGUGAGACGUCAUGGCGAAUCAAUCGACUGAUUAUCAUGAGGACGUUUAUCAAUGGAACCAUACAGCAUCGUCGGACGAAGGAGAUGCUGAAUACUUACCUUACUGGACGGAUCUUGUUCUAGCAGGAUUAUUCACGAUGCUUAUUAUUGUUACUAUAGUUGGCAAUACGCUGGUGAUCGCAGCUGUAAUUACCACCAGGCGAUUACGGUCCGUGACUAAUUGUUUUGUGUCUAGUCUAGCGGCGGCGGAUUUACUAGUUGGCCUAGCGGUGAUGCCGCCGGCGGUGCUGUUACAGCUUACAGGAGGAACUUGGGAACUGGGCGAGAUUCUAUGCGAUUCUUGGGUCUCUCUUGAUAUUCUACUCUGCACGGCCAGUAUUCUCUCGCUGUGCGCCAUAUCUAUAGACAGGUAUCUGGCCGUAACUCAACCGUUGAUAUACAGCCGACGACGGAGGAGCAAAAGACUGGCCGGGCUGAUGAUCGUUGCCGUAUGGAUAACAGCGGGCGCAAUAACGAGCCCGCCUUUGCUGGGUUGUUUUCCGCGCGCAACGAACCGCGAUAUCAAAAAAUGCUCCUACAACAUGGACUCCUCGUACGUGAUAUUCUCGGCGAUGGGCAGCUUUUUCCUACCCAUGCUGGUGAUGUUGUAUGUGUACGGCAGAAUUUCGUGCGUAAUAGCGGGCCGGCACAGAAGUCUGGAAACGAACGAGGCGGAAAACGUUCGGCCACGUCGUAAAUUCACGAUUGAUCGCGGGAGGAGCAUUAAAGCGCAGCGUUCGAAUUGCGCGGAAAGCGGCGAGACGUGUGACAAACCAACCGAGGAAGCCGAACCGACGAACAUGUGCAAAAAGUUGAGCACAAUUCGGGGUAAUCAGCAGAGCUGUAUCAACAGGGUCGCGAGGGAAACAAAAACUGCGGGCACCUUGGCAGUGGUUGUCGGUGGUUUUGUCGCGUGCUGGCUACCAUUUUUCACUCUGUACCUGGCGACACCCUUUGUGCCCAUGGAGCCGCCGGACAUUCUCAUGCCAGCUUUAACGUGGCUAGGAUGGAUCAAUUCGGCCAUCAACCCGUUCAUCUACGCCUUCUAUUCGGCAGACUUCAGACUCGCUUUCUGGCGACUAACAUGUCGAAAAUGUUCCAAGAGUAGACUGAACUUGGAUGGCACGAAUCGGAAAUUACCUGCCCCGGUUAACUGGAAGAAAGAUACUUCGAGGACGUGAAAGACCUCGUCUGCAUGAGUUUCGAACUUGUCCAAUUAUGUGGUAACCACACACAAUUCGAGAAUGACUGUGGUUGAAUUAUACUUUACUCGUAAACUCACGGUCUGUUAACGAUGAGGAAAGCGACGGGUGAACGAGAGAAUGCACGCGCGCGCAUAUUGAAGUCUUGCUAACCACUCGAUGUAGUUCUUACGCAGUUUUAUAAGAUAUAAAAGUUUCGAAUUUUCCAAAGGUGGAAAGAGACUUUUUACUCAAAAGUUUCACUACGCACAAUACAUUGGAAUACGUGUAGCUGUACUAGAGAAUUCGCAUAGUUAUUUUCCUCACGUACAAGUCGCAAUACAACAGACUCGACCGAAUCUUUCAAGUGUUUUAUAUAUAAAUAUGUACUUUUAUAUAUAAAUAUGUAAAUGUUUUUGUCUUCUAUAAAAUCUGAUAGAAAAGUUACUGACAUUAAUUUAUAGUUGAAGGAAAUUCUGUGUGAAAAUCUACUCGAAGUAUGUAGCAGAUUCUUUGAUAUACGAAAACAGAUCUUGAAACAAAGAUAAAAAUAAAUAAAAGAAAAGAAAAGAAAAUAAAAAUAUUGUAAAAUAAAACGAUAUGUAAUUUUGAAUGUCUUUUAUGAAAGAAAAUUAUAUAUAGAUAUAGUAUAUGAAACCACCUACGUAUGAGUGACCGAUAUUUAAACUGUGAUCGAUUGUCGAUUUCGCAUUGUGAGGCAUAUGAUAUUCGCAUACAAAAACUAGAAGAUUAAAAUAUUUUUUUUUUAUUAAUCUUCGUGUUAUUCCAUAAGUCAGUGUAUCAGAUUUUUACCGCGUAUAUUUUACCGCUUUUUGAAAAAAAUUUGCUACAUGCAGCGAACACUUUUCACCGAUAUUUUUUGCAUAAUAUCGUGCACGAUAUUAUGUUUUUUCGUCACAAUAUUACACUCUCGCUAAUUUGCUAUCAUUUAUUUAUUAUGAAAUGCAUAGAAAAUAACAGUAAGAUAUGUUA